AUGACCGUACCGUCGAACGAGAAGUCCAGACUCGAGAUCGGGUCUGAGUGCGCGCUCAACACCUUCAUGCACUUGGCCCGUCGCAGGUCCCAGAUACGGAUGUUUUCGUCGGCAGAGCCAGAAGCCAAGAUGGAUCCGCGAUGGUGGAACUUGAGCACAGUGACGUGGUAUGUGUGGCCUCUGAGGAUCUGGAUGGUUUCCGCAAGGUCGAGGUCCCAGAUGCGGAUGGUGAGGUCGUCUGAGGCGGACGCGAGAAAGCGCGAGUUGGGCGAGAACUCAACGCUCGAGAUGCCCUUUGUAUGGCCAGCGAGUGUUUUCCAGUACGUUGCGCCGUCUGGCUGGAGCUUCCAGAGCUUGAUGGUUUUGUCUGUGGACGCGGUGGCCAACAGCGUGCCGUCGGGACUCACUUUACCCGUGGAGACCGGCAAUUCGUGGGCCUUGUCCAACGCGAACUUUAACUUGUACAUUGGUGGAAAAAAAUAA